AUGUCCAAACUUGGCGAAACCGCUGGUGCUGCAUUGGUGGCUCAUCCGGAUGUCGAUAAGAUCGCGUUCACCGGUUCUACUGAAGUGGGUCGCCUGGUGGGUCAGAAUGCUUUCAAGCAUGGAGUCAAACGACUCACUCUGGAACUGGGUGGGAAGAGCCCAUUAAUUGUUUUCAACGAUGCAGACCGCCUAGCUGCAUUCAAGAAACGGCCCCAAAGAUCAGCAGCAAUGCUCAUGCAGGCAUUGGAUUUAGCUGUCAAAACGGCCAACGUGGGUUUAUUCUUCAAUCAAGGCCAGUGCUGCUGCGCAAGUUCCCGUAUCUAUGUUGAGGAAGGAAUUUAUGACAAAUUUGUUGAAUUCAGCGCGGAAUUGGCCAAAAAUCGUGUUGUGGGAGAUCCUUUCGAUGUCAAAACAGAACAGGGCCCGCAAGUGGACGAAAAUCAACUAAAGACUGUCCUGUCUUAUAUUGAGAGUGGAAAACGGGAGGGUGCCAAAUUAUGCGCUGGUGGUGAUCGCGUUGGUUCUACUGGCUAUUUUGUUCAGCCAACCGUGUUUGCCGACGUGAAAGACGAUAUGCGUAUUUCCCGGGAGGAGGUUAGUGACAUUUGCUCGUGUGCUGUGUUUCUUGUGUUCAUGGUCAAAUGCGACCUGCUCACUUGUUUUAUGUUGGCCGGACUAUCCUACAGCUUAUUUUCACCUUUAUCACCUGUUACCGGAUAA